AUGUUGCAAGCGCCCUCUCCGUUGCAGCUGCCGUUCCGCGACCAGGCCAUCCUGCUGGAGGAGUCGUGGAGUGAGCUCUUCGUCGUCGCCGCCGCCCAGUGGUCGCUCCCCCUCGACGAAGGGAGCCUCGUGCGGGCGUCAGGGGCGUCGCCGGAGCAGCAGGCGGCGCUGGGGCGUGAGGUGGUGGCCAUGAGGGACAUCAUCACCCGCCUGCACGCCCUCAGGGUCGACCACACCGAGUACGCUUGUCUCAAGGCGCUCAUUCUCUUCCGCCCAGAGGCCAGAGGCUUGCGAGAUGGCUACGGGGUGGAGGUGCUGCAGGACCAGACGCAGCUGAUGCUGCAUGAGUACCUGGCCAGCAAGGUGUGCGGCGCAGGGGGGCGUGUCCGCGCAGGCAAGCUCCUCCUCCUCCUGCCCGCCCUCGGCCACGUCUCCGCCUCCGCCGUUCAGGAGAUUUUCUUCAAGAGGACCGUCGGCAACACCCCCAUCGAGAGGGUCCUCUGCGACAUGUUCAAGUCCAGCUGAGAGUCGGCAAUUUCGCGCUGCCAG